CACCGACCGACGACGAGCGCCUUUGUCGUUUCGUCGACCGUUGCUCCAAUUCACCUCAUUUCUGGUUUCUUCUUGGUCUCGCUCUCUCGUUCGAGCUUCUGGAACGGUCUCGUUUCCGUAGUAAAAUCUUCCUAACAAUGGGGAAAUGGACACCUAAUUACACUGACGAUGUUCUCCACGCAAAAAUAUCUGCUAUGGUAACUGGCGCCAUCCGCAGAGCGGCUCUGGAAGACCCUUCGUCGCCGCUGAGCUACACCGACUUUGUGAACGAACUCGACACUGGCGAUAUGCUUACGACGACUCUGAUGGAUGUUCUGGUCAAAGAAGUCACAGACAGGCGGAAAAGACCAGCUGCAGAUCGCCGAUUCAUCUCUGAAAAAACCGCAAGGAGCUUACGACAGUUGACGGCUGCACUGAACAUCUACCACCACCGACCUCGCUCGACCUUCAGCAGGCGUAGGACCGCGUAUGGAGGCGUUUUGGUGGAUACAGAUGAAGAUGAGUUUGAAAACAUGCUAGAGGACUCGAAUCCAGCAGAGGGGUCCCAUAUGAGCUCAUCUGAGCUAUUUGAAGCCAUGUCUGUGUACCCCCUGGGGCGUCCAGUGCCUGGGAAUCCGUCUGCUUUCGUCGUAGACGACGGACCAGCGGGCUCAACACCCCCAUCUCUUCGUUCACCCUCAAUUGCACCCAGGACGACAGGUCCCUGGACCGUAAUUCCCGCCACCUCUACAGCCUCGAAUACCAUCCGCUCGCACUCAGCUAUCCGCCGCAAUUACCGCAGGAAUACGGAUUUCAACGAGUUCCAACGCCGACAUCGUUCUUCGAUACGCGCCUCACUCGCUGCUCAACGGGCCUCCGACGCCGCAGAAACACCGGAAUCAGUGACUGAACCACGCCCGGAUGGUUGGACGAGUCGGAUUGGGCCUCCCUCGGGAAGAAGGUAUUUUGCGCAGACAAAUCCACUUCGUCGAUUGGAGCAAAUGAGGCGACAAGCUUCAGGCGUAUCGGAGGGCACGGAUGGGACCAGUGGGGAGGACGAGACGCUAGCUUUUAUUAACAUUGAUGCCCCGACUGCUGGGCCUUCGACGUCCGCCACCGGUUGGGGAACUGGGUGGACCACUAUCGAGCCACCCGAAGUCUUUGUUUCCCCUCGGGCGAUAAUGCUGAGGGCACCUUCUAGUGACAACGAGGGCCCCUCACUUCGCCGCGGGGGUGUUUCUGCACCUGAAACGAUCCAACCUCCACCAGCUGUGGUGAUUGCUCCAGAAACCACUUCCGAGGGUCAACCAGUUCCGGUCGAGACGACUCCGUCUGUUGAAGGACCGCCACCAUUGGCUCCUCUUGGGGAACCUGCGGCUUAUCCAACUCCGGGAUCUGUCGAAAAUGAGCACUUGACUUAGAUGAGAAGAUACGCUAUAGCAUCGAAUUGUAUUUAAUACAACCACUGGGGCUGCCGAGAUUUCGGUUAUCUAUGUAGUAGUUACUUGUCUCUUCGAUUAACGUUCAACAACAUUGGUUUCCCUCUUUGCGUUACCUGUGUUCGUCCUCCUUUUGUGUUUGUGUUUCUGUAAAAUAGCGAUGUACUAGGAAUACAACGAUACGCUGGCAGUAUUCA